AAAACCAGCCAUUUUCUUGACCGCAUAGCCACUUUGUUUUUCAUGUCAGACAGUGGACAUCAGCCUUUCACACGCCCUCCCCGACAAACAAAUUUUCAUACCACCCGACACAAAUAUCCCUCUAUCCCUAUCCCUCACCCAAAAAAAAAGAAAAGAAAUGGAGAAUGGCGAAAGGAAUAGACGUAGAAAUGGAACCUACUAUACUAUGGCCAGAACCACUUUGGGCAAGAACCAUGGGCGAAGGAACACAAAACAGAAGAAAUCUGGAUGAGACUCACAUUAAUUUGUAUACUGACGGGUCCCUUGUGGUUGACAGGGCGUCCGAAGAUGGGGAUAUGGGUCCACAGCCUACCACUGCGGCAACGUUAUUCUCAAGGGAAAGGGAGGGGGGCGAGGGUUGAGGUCUGCGACGCAGAAAUGGAGGGUCUCGUGCAAGGCUCAGAACACCUCGUCCCUUGGCUUAAUAACAAUUUCCUAAAGGAGAGCGACCUAACUUUAUCAACCUUCUCAGAUAACACCGUUAUUCUUAAGAUACUCGACGAACGUCCCCUCUGCCGUAUUGAAAUCAAAUGGGUACCAGGACACAAAAACACUACAGGGAAUGACCUUGCUGACUCACUGGCGAAAGAAGACUCAACGCUGGAACACUGACCCCGUCCAAUUCAGACAAUCGGAAUACUACUUGUGCAAUUGAAUCGGACCACAAAUCCACCCUUCCGAACACU